AUUUAUUCCCACUGAAACUGUUGUGUAUUGAUUUUUUUGCUAGUGUUGUUGAAUUCACAGGUAAUUGAUAGGCGUCUUUUACCUCAGCUUGUUAUAAGGUGCACUGUAAAGACAUCAAGAUGAAAAAAUCCAUCAGUAUGAAGUUAAUCGAGAUCUAUUUGAUCCUUGCACUUAUUGUUAUCACAUAUUCAUCUGCCAUUCCUAAACCCGGUGAAGACAAGAAGAAUAGAGUUCAUGAACAGAAACUGAGUGAAGCUGAACAUGAACACGAAGGUGAACACAAUGCAGAUUACGACCAUGAAGCCUUCCUCGGUAAAGACGAGGCCAAAACAUUUGAUCAGCUGACACCUGAGGAGAGCAAGGAAAGAUUAGGAAUUAUAGUUGGGAAGAUAGACAAGGACGGAGAUGGGAAGAUCACAGAGCAGGAACUGAAGGACUGGAUCCAGUACGUCCAGAAACGUUACAUCAUCACGGACACAGACAGGAUGUGGAAAGACCAUGAUGUGGAGGCGGAUAAACUCUCCUGGGCUUCCUAUAAAAAGAGAACAUAUGGAUCAGAGGACGAUCCCACUGAUGAGGAUUCCUCCACAUUCAGUUACAAAGAUAUGAUAGAGAGAGAUGAGAGGAGGUGGAAGGCGGCGGAUAAGGAUGGAGACGGCUUCCUCAAUAAAGAGGAGUUCGCUGACUUCCUCCACCCCGAAGAGGCGGAGCAUAUGAGAGACAUUGUUGUCAAGGAAACAAUGGAGGACAUUGACAAAGAUAAGGAUGGAUUUAUCAGUCUAGAAGAAUAUAUAGCUGAUAUUUACGAUGAGGAGGAUGAUGACCCAGAUACCGUCCAAGACGAGGAAAACCUCCAUGCGGGAACCCCCGACUGGGUCCAGAGUGAGAAGGACCAGUUUGUUAACCACCGGGACAAAAACAUGGAUGGCAAACUGGACGCGGAGGAGGUCAAGGCCUGGGUCAUCCCCGAGGAUUACGACCACAGCUCAGCGGAGGCCCUGCAUCUGGUCAAUGCCUGCGACGACGACAAGGAUGGCAAAUUAUCAAAGGAUGAAAUCCUUGAACACUACGACCUGUUUGUGGGCAGUCAGGCGACAGACUUUGGGGAAGCUCUCACAAGACAUGACGAGUUUUAAAAACGUGAAACUGUAGUUCAUCUUGUGCAAUUGCACUGACAAUUUUAGCAUUUUUUUCAUCAGGUUAUGUUUGUCCAGUUAAAAGUGUAAAUUACCUGUCAAAAGAUUGAAAGUGUGAAUUUUCUUUCACAAAUUAAGUGGAUUUGUAAGGAUUUUUAAAGUAAGAAAUGUUUGACAUGUAUACUGAACCUGUACAAUCAACUGUAAGAAAAUUCGUUGUAAUGCUUGUAGUUAACAAUCAGGGUUUUGAAUGUGCUUGAUAAAGAAAUACUGUCACUUGCUUUCCAAUAUGCCUUUGAGCUUUGAUAAAGGAAUACUCUCAAAUCAUUGAAUAGUCCCUUAAAGAUUUAGAAUGUAAGCUUUCUCUCUUUUAAUAGGUUCUAUACAAUAAAAGUGAAAACCAAAUGUGGUCGUGUAUAUGUUUGUGCAUGUUUAUACUUGUGACAAUUUAGUAUUUGAGCAGAUGCCUUAUUGUGUAAAUAGCUUCUAGUGUACAGGUGAAAUGUCUUUUUUCCCCCCACAUGGUUAAUGGUAGUUUUUAUAUUUUGCUAUAAUACAAAAAUGCUUCCCAUGAUUUUUCCAAUGUUUGUUUUAUUGUCAUCCAGUAUUAAUUUUACUGGAGUUUUUGUUAGGAUUACUAUUUGUGUACCCAUGUACAUGUAUUAUCAAUUUUUGAUUAAUAGACGUAAAUCAAACCUUUUCCUCACAAAAGAGAUAAGUCAUUACUGAACAUCAUGUCGUAUGAAUUUUAAGGAUUUUGAUUGUAGAUGGAAAUGGAAUAGGGAGUUGCUUAAAAAUGCAUUAUGCUUCAAACCAAAAAAAAAUUAAUUAAACAAUUUGAUCUUUCAUCAUUUGGUCAUAAGUAACUUAUUAAUGUUUGUUAUUUUUGAAAGAAGUAUUUAAAUUAAAAAUAAAACGUGUAAUAUACUUGAAUUGAUUUAGAGAAAAAACAUAAUUCAGUAGAAUUGUAGCAUAUUUGCAACCGAUUAUCGACAAACUGCCGGAUUAAUUGGUCAAGAGAUUACCAGUUUUCAUCCCAAAUGUACCAGUAUGCUUCAAUACAUUCAAUGCCAUUAAUAUGUAUCAUGUAUUUAAAAGAUCUGAAAGGUUCACAAGAAUGCAUGCUCUAAUUUUGAAUGUUUUAAAGUCAUAUAAACAAGCUUUAUUUACACUAGUGCAAAUAUUGAAAGUUUACUGUAGAUGCCAAAUAUUGUACUGUUAUGAAUACUAUGUAUUUUAUUUUAUUUUUUAGCUCUGGAAAGGUAUUUUGUGUAAACAAACAUGUGUAAAAGCAGCUUUUCACUUUUGAAUUGAUGUGUGUAGGCAUUUAAUGAAGUACUGAAAAUAAUGUACAUGUUACAAAAGUGUGAUGCAGGAUUAUUUCAAUGUGUUAACUUAGAAUUAAGAAUUUUCUUACAAUGGGAAGUGCAAAUAUUUUGAAAAAAAAAAAAUGAUUCAAUGGAGGUAAUAAUUUGGCAAAAUAUUUUAUAUUGAAAUAUUCAGAGAGCUUAUUACUGCGUAAUUUUUUUUUUUAUUUCACAAAAUUAAAUUAUUUUUUGUGCCAGAUAUGAAUUACUUUUAAAACUCUGUAUGUGGUGAGAAUCUUUCAUAUUUUUUAAAGUCCCUUCUCCAUCAUUUAUGUCUAUUCAUGUUAAUUUAUGAACAAAAGAUUUUUUGCAUAAUUUAGUCAGGCAAAUUUGACUCUUCAUCUAAGUACAUUGUUUUUUUAUGUUAGAAAGGUUGUAGAAAGUGUCUCAAAUUAUUUUAUUUUUUAAGUGCUUGCCAGUAUAUUAAUGCCAUUUCAGAAAGCAGUGAGCAAAUAAUGAUUUUAACCCUCAAAAGGUUGGAUUGAAAUUUAGUCGAAAUAUAAUGCAUUCAUUUUUUUUUCUCUUCGAGAUGUUAUUUGAUGGAAUAUUCUGCAAUAAAAGCUGGAUAUUUGUUUAAGUUUAA